AUGGAGGCUGUAGUGGUGGAGCGAUUAACACGUCAACUAAUCGCUGCUGCAGUGGAGCCGUGCCUCUGUGGAGCACACACUUUAGAGAGACUGGUGGAGACCGGAAACUGGAGCGGUGGUCCGUUGGAGGUCGGAGGAGAUGCCGUCGAGCAAACGGAGGAGACGUCAUGGAGCAAACAAAGGAGACGCCGACACGGAUGUCGCCAGGUCGGAGCAGACGGAGUUGCCGAACGCAGGUUUCAAGGUCAACAAGGUUACAAAGGGAAUUAUCAAGGGACUCAGCAACAGUGGAGACCGAAUCAAGGAUAUCAUGGUCAAGCAAGUUAUCAAGGCCAUCAAGGAGGGCCUAGUCAAUUUGGGUAUCAUGGAAAUCAACCUCAUCCACCAAGACCAACAACUGAGGCACCUAAGGGGCGAAGUUUGGAGGAUUUGUUUCAAGCUAUUCAAAAUUUGAAUGCCAAAGUUGAUCAAGUGGUUGCUCAUAACAAAAUGCUUGAAAACCAAAUUGCAAACCAAGCUUCACCAUCAAGAAACAAGGUUAUUGGAAAGUUACCGGCAUAUUCUGAAAAUCCCAAGGAUCAAGUGAAUGCCAUUACAACUAGGAGUGGAAAACAACUUCAAGAUCCACCCUUAGUACUUGAGAAGAAACUAGAAGAAGUGGUGGAGGAAAGAGAGCCCGAGGAGAAAGUGCUAGAGGAUGCUCAAGAUUUAGAAGGUGAAACACUUCAAAUGGGAAAUGGAAACAAGAAUAAGGAGGUUGAGAAGUACACUCCCCCUCUACCAUUUCCUCAACGCUUGAGAAGAGUCAAUCUUGAUGAAAGGAAAAUCAAAUUCUUUAAUUUGAUUAAGCAACUUGACAUCUCCAUCCCCCUUCUUGAUGUCGUGACUCAAAUUCCUUCAUAUGCUAAAUUCUUGAAGGAGAUUCUAUCCAAUAGAAGGAAGUUUGAAGGGCAAGCCACCAUAGCCAUGAGUGAGGAAUCAAGUGCCAUAAUUCAAAGCAAGCUACCUCCAAAGUUAAAAGAUCCGGGAAGUUUCUCAAUCCCUUGUGUGAUUGGAGGUGCGGUAGUGAGUAGGGCAUUGUGUGACUUGGGGGCUAGUGUUAGCCUCAUUCCUUAUUCACUAUGUAAGAGGUUAAAGUUGGGCGAUCCCAAUAGCACUUCCAUGACUAUACAAUUGGCGGAUCAUUCAGUCAAGCACCCCGUUGGAAUCCUAGAAGAUAUACCGGUAAAAAUUGACAAGUAUUUCAUUCCGGGAGACUUUGUGGUCUUGGAGAUGGAGGAGGAUGAUAGGAUUCCAAUCAUUCUAGGGAGACCUUUCUUAGCUACGGCGGGUGCAAUGAUUGAUGUGAAGAGCGGCACUUUGGUUAUUGAGGUUGGGGAUGACAAAGUGGAAUUCAAUAUCUUCAAGAUGGCUAAAAAUCCUUCUUGUGCUGAUGAGUGUUUUAGAAUGGAUAUUAUUGAAGAUUGUGUACAAGAGUUUGUAAACAAACAUGUCAAAGAUCCUCUUGAAAAAUUCAUUUGGUGA